UGUGAUUUGGGAAAGCCAAAUAUGUUGAAUGUGCACCUUGUUGCUCACAGUCAUGAUGAUGUUGGAUGGUUGCAAACUGUUGAUGGAUAUUAUUACAAAACUGUACAAUAUAUUUUGGACACUGUCAACUUUGAACUUAAUUCCGAUCCAAAAAAGAAAUUUAUUUACGUGGAGAUGGCAUUUUUCUAUAGAUGGUGGAAUGAGUUGACUGAUCAUAUGAAACAAUCUAUUAAAAAAACUGUCAAUAGAGGUCAGUUAGAGUUCAUAUUGGGAGGUUGGAGCAUGAACGAUGAGGCUUGCACUCAUUACUCAUCCAUCAUCGACCAGCACACCAUCGGUUUCAAAUUUCUUCUUGACAAUUUCGGAAAAUGUGGAAUACCAAAAAUUGGCUGGCAAAUAGAUCCAUUUGGUCAUUCCAGAGAACUGGCUUCCAUCUCUGCCCAAUUUGGAUUUGAUGGCUUGUUUUUGGCACGAAUUGAUUACCAAGAUUAUCAAGAGAGAAUAAAAACAAAAACAUUAGAACACAUGUGGUUUUCCAGUCCAACUUUAGGUGAUCAAGCCUCAAUGUUUACGGCGUCUCUCCAUAGAUCGACGUACACCACACCCCCUGGCUACUGCUUCGAAUGUGACGAUCCGCCAGUUCGGGAUGAUCCUAUGCUGGAUGAUUACAAUGGAGACCACAAAGUAGCUAACUUUAUUGAUGACGCCAUGGAACAGGCGAAAUAUUUUACUAGCAAUCAUAUUAUGUGGACAAUGGGAUCAGAUUUUUCGUAUUCAAAUGCCAGGAUUAACUUUAAAAACAUCGAAAAGCUAAUUAAGCUGGUCAACGCUAAGCAAGCAAAUGGUAGCAAGAUAAAUGCCAUGUUUUCAACUCCAUCCUGUUACUUGUAUGCUCUCAACAAGGCCAACCUCACGUACACUUCCAAGAACGAUGAUUUCUUCCCAUAUGCACAUAGUGGCCACACAUUUUGGACUGGAUAUUUCACCAGCAGACCAAACUUAAAGGGCUAUGAGAGAACUGCCAAUAAUAUUCUACAAGUAUGCAAGCAAUUGAGCGCAUUUGCACAACUUGUUGAUGAGCAUGCAACAGAGAAGAAGAUAAACUUUCUCAAACAGUCCAUGGGAGUUCUGCAGCAUCACGACGCAGUCACUGGCACAUCCAAGCAAUACGUGGCUUACAAUUAUGCCAAGAUGCUAUCUACUGGAAUCAAGGAAUGUCAGGUUUGUUACUUCUCAUUCCAAUGCUCCAAUUUAUCCCACCAUUCCCAUUUCCAGUUUUGUAAUCUGAUGAAUGUUUCCAGCUGUAAAUUUACUGAGACCAACCAAAAUUUUGCAGUAGUGGUGUACAACCCAUUCAGUCAGAUGGUUGGACAGUAUAUAAAGCUUCCGGUUACUUCAAACCAGUUAACAGUUUUUGAUGAUAAGCUCAAGAAGUUGGAUGUUCAGUUUAUUCCUGUCAGUUCUGAGACAAAAAAGUUAGCAGAGUUUCGAGGUAGCACUUCGCAGUUUCAACUCGUCUUUCACGUUCAUGUACCCUCACUUGGAUAUGCUACUUAUUUCGUCAAUAUGUCUAAUGGUUGGUUAUUUUUCAUUGUUACUGCUUACUUGAAACUUACCUUCGAUGACAACACUGGCCUGCUAUCCAUGAUUGAAAACAAGGAACGACGGAUACAGAUAGACGCUAGGCAGUCCUUAAUGUACUAUAUCUCUUCAUCCGGUGACAACUGGAAAUCUGGAGCGUACAUUUUUCGGCCUGAGGGAGUUGCUGGAAAUUUCAGUGAUGUUAAUCUCACCAUUCAUGAGCUGGUGAGUGAGGCGUACCAGAGCUUCACUAGUUGGGCGUCACAGGUCAUUAGGUUGUAUAAAGGGGCCAAGCAUUUUGAAAUUGAAUGGACCGUCGGACCGAUACCUGAUGAUAAGGGCAAGGAAGUCGUGUCUUCAUUUGAGACCUCUAUCAAGAGUCAAAACAUUUUCUAUACUGAUGCAAACGGAAGACAAAUGUUGAAGAGAGUUCGAGACCACCGACCAACAUGGAACUUUGAAAACACAGAGCCGGUAUCAGGCAACUAUUUUCCCGUUAGCAGCAGGAUAUAUAUUCAGGACUCGAGGCAGGGCAUUCAGCUGACAGUCCUUAAUGAUCGGUCACAAGGUGGAACAAGUCUGAGGGAAGGACAUUUGGAACUGAUGAUUCACAGAAGAAACUUUAAUGAUGAUUCUCUUGGUGUUGACGAACCACUUAAUGAACCUGGAAUUGAUAGCAAAGGGAUUGCUGCUAGAGGUCUUCAUUACGUUUUGUUAGACACAAUUGACUCAUCUGUAGCACUGCACAGGUCGAUGGCGCAGCAGAUAUACAUGGCACCCUAUCUAUCCUUUCUCGAUCUCAAAAAAAUAUCUCUGGAACAGUUUUGGAGUGGAUUGAAGAAGAGAGUGAACGAAAAUGUUCAUAUAUUGACACUGGAGGACUGGAAUCAAGGAGAUGUUCUCUUGAGACUGGAACAUUACUAUGAAAAGAAUGAACACGGUGAUCUCUCCAAACCUGCUGUCAUUUCUCUCAAGAACCUAUUCGCUCCAUUGGACAUUGUUUCAUUCGAGGAAAGAACUCUGGGAGCCAAUCAAAAGUUGGAGAAUGUUCAGAGAUUGCGGUGGAAUGUCCAAAAAUAUGGCAAAACCAAAAUAGACCCAAAGACUUGGAACGUUGAACUGAAGCCUAUGCAGAUCCGAACAUUCUUAUUGAAGCUAUCCAAAUAA